AUGUCGCCCCCAGACUCCCUCUCUGCAGGCUCUGGGGCAGAACAGCUGCAUCCCCUGAUCAACCCGUUCACCAUCGAGGGCCUGGCCAUCUCCACCGUGGUGUGGCACCUCAUCUUGCUACACUGCACCGUCAUGGUGGUCCUGCCCCUGAGCCUUGUCCUGAUUGCAUGUGGCUGGAUCUGUGGCCUGCUCAGCUCCCUGGCCCAGAGUGUACUGCUGCUGCGUUUCAUCGGCUGCUACUUCCUGCUGGGGGGUGCCCUGACCCUGGCAGGGGUCGGUGUCUACAUCAGCUACUCACCCCCGGCCUUCGUGGAGACGGCCCGUCAGGAUGGCCCGCAGCACGUGCAGGGCAUCCACCUCAGCUUUGGUUGGUCGGUGGCCCUGGCCUGGGGCUCCUGCACCUAGGAGGUGCUCAGCGGUGACCUCCUGCUUGCGGCGGCCUGAGCCAGCGGCCCGGCACCCCCACUCUGUGGUCAUCUGAGUCCCAGGCGGGGACUGACUGGCUUAACCUCCUCUUAG